AUGGGGCACGACGCAGCCAUCAACGGCGAUUCGGGAGAUACCGUCGCCAUGAAGAAUCCUAUCACUGGUGGAAUAGACUUGCCAGGCAAGGUCGCCGCGCACAAGUUCGCCAAUAUCAAGGAGCUCGUCAUCAGGAUGGGCGACCAUUUGCCCGACGGAGACCUUCCUGGGCUCUGCCUUGUCAACUCUGACUUCAACUCCAUGUUCUCGCCGCGCCUGUACCGCCACAUUCGCCUGAAUGCGAACUUCUUGAAACCCAAAAACCUCGCUUGGGCUGCCGGAAACCAACGAUUCCGGCACACAAAGAUUCUCUCUUUUGACAACGCAAGUCGAUUCGAUGCCAGCAAGAUUAAGGGCUACGAGGCUGGCGACGAGAACAGCGACAAAUAUUGUGCGCAAUUCCCCAACUUUGCACACUAUCAUCUUUCUUACCUGAAUGGAGCGGAGCAUCAAUGGACGCUUGAGGAGAUCUGCAAGCAAUACAAGCAGCUGGGAGGUGUCCCCCUGAAGCUAGAAGUCGUGGUCUUCGGCCAGGGAGUCAACCUGAAACUGCCCGCAAACGGAGGAGAUGGUUCAGCCCAGGCGAGCUAUCUUUCCCUGCUCACCGAUCCCGGAUGUGUGCGAGAUAUGAGCAUCAUUGCCAGGAGGCAAACAGCAUGGGAAACAUUCGAUUCAUCAUUCUUCCCGAACAUGAAUCGAUUCAGCCUAUAUGCUUCCACUCGUUUUGAGCCCGUGGUUCACGGUUUCUUUGCGCUGCGCAAGACCCGCGACUUCUUGCGCCAGGUCCAUUUCCACGUUGACGGUACUCUCUUCAAGAAAUACUUUGACUUCAAAGACAUGACACGACGGCUCUUUGGUCACUGCAAUUUGAAAGAGCCUGCGUCUACCUUGAAGCCGACGGGGUUUUCCUUCCAUUCGAUACUUCCCUUGGAAGUCCACUACCAACGCAGUAUCGCUCUGCCCCUGCCGACCACUCGUUUCCUUGACAUCACCAUCCAUUACAAGCACCUUGUUGGCUUUUCUGGUGCAGGUCUGUCCAGGAUGUCUGCACUCGAGUGCUUAAGCUUGAAUGUCUACGUCUACCGUAUCCCCGAAUGGGAUGAUAGCCGCACGGUUGGCGAGAACUUGCUGAAAGCUUUAGGCAAGGCCGCCAAGAAUUGCCCCAAACUGCGUUACGUACGCAUAAAGAUGGGCGCCACCGGCCCGGUGCGUGCUCCGAUAGCUGGUCUCAGCUGCUCAAGAGAGAUUGUUCGUGAGCGCAGGCCCCGUUUCAAGAAGCUUCAACCCGUCUUCAAGCCGCUCGAUAUGGAGACCGACAAGCUUCUGCGCCCUCAGAGCAUGUGGACCGAGACGGAGAAGCGAGCACAGUACGUGAAAGAGACUCUCGACGAACUGGUUUUCUACAGGCCCUUGUUGAUGGAUUAA